AUGGGGGAUCAGGUAAGGAGGCACGGGGCGGUGUCCGUGGAGGAUGUACUGCGGCACAACGUGAUGCUCCUCAGGUUGAGCGGCGCGUGGCCGCCAGAGGAGUCGCGCGCAGGCAGGUGGUCCCGGCUCUACCCGCUGUACACGGCCAGCAUCUUCCUCAGCCAGGGACUCUGCAUCGCCAUGGGCCUGCUGCACGCCUACGAGUCGUGGGGCGACACCGACAGCAUCAUGCUCACGUUCGUCAACACGGCCACCCUCCUCGGCGGCGUCAUCAAACUGGCGCACUUCUGCAGCCACGCCGCAGACUACCGCCAGCUGGUCACCGACCUCCGCGACGUCGUCCGCUUGCAGUGGCCGGACUGCGAGCGGGACUCGGAGCUCAUGGCCACAUUCAGCGGCUCCUACCGCGGCGCCCUGAGGCUCACGUUCGGCAUGAUAACCUACCUCCACUUUGUGGGGCCCAUCUGGUACGUGAUGCCCGUAGUCGCCUGGGCCAUGGGGGCGGAGGGGCGGCAUCUGCCCUUCAUCGACUUGCGGGGCGCCGUGAAGGAAAAUUACUCACUGUACCUCUUAAUCUACCUGGUGCAGUGCCAUUCCAUUUUCUACUGGUGCUUCAUCAGCCCCAGUCUAGACAUGUUCUUCGUUACGUGCAUGAUCCACGUGGCUGCUCAGCUCGGUAUCCUCAACACGCGCCUCACCGACAUAGGAGGAAGUCAGGAAGCAGUGGCGCUUCCCAGAACUAGGAGAAAGAUUCACUUCUGUCAAGAGCACUCUCCCAAGCCAGACGUCUUCGAAGAACUACGGAAAUGUGUCAAGGAUCAUCAGCAUAUCUUGAGGUAG